CAUGAUGAAUAAGGAAUCGUUUGGUGCUUGCUUGCUUCUUACGCUUCCCCAAGAUGUUUUUGCUGUUAUCUCACGCUUUCUUUCUCCAAGCGACAUUUGCAAUCUAAUCUUGUGCGGCAAAAGUAUUUGUGCCCUUGUUGAUUCCGAGAAGACAUGGCUUGUGCAAUGUGAAGUCGUAAAGGUUAUUCCUUUGUUUGAAAUAGUCCAAUGGCGAAUCGGGAUCUCUUCUUACAAGGCGCUUUGUAGGUUCCUUGUAGAGGUGGUGAAGCCUCUUGUUGGGAUUUGGGUUCAACAGAACCCUGAACUUGGGAAUGUCGUUUAUGUGAUGCCUGGUUUCUUGUCUGUUGUUGGAUGCCGGAUAAUUCCUCAAGAAGUUGGUCCUUUGUGGAUUCAAGAAGGACAACUUGUGUGGUCACCGGUGUUUGAGAUAAUCUGCGGUGUUGAUGGCUCUAACGGGUUUUUUCUCCAUGGAAGAGACAAAGAAGGCAGUUGCUUGUACCCUGGUUUUGUUAUCGGCAUCGAGAAGAGUUGCAAUGAGCUUCUACUCGAAGUUGAGCCGAGGCAAGAGAAGAGUUUGUGCAAUGAGAUUGAGAAAGAAGACUCAAGAAAAGAGUUAUCGGGUAAAAUAAGCGAGGGAGGGGUUCCAUUUGGAAAUCUAGACUUUAGUGAUAGAAGGAACUUACUUGAUAUAGUGACAAACCAUGUAAGUCUACGAGUAGGUGAACCAUUAAGAGGAAUGUUAUUUCCCACCAGGUCCAAAGAUGAUGAAGCAAUGAUGUUUGAACGCAGAACCAUGCUCCUUAAAAUGCUCAAAUUUGGUGGAAACUCGAAGCACCUGAAAUUGGAGGAGAAUGAGCAGUUGUGUUACAAUCAUAUACAGAUAGACAUAAACAAACUGUGGGAAAAUCUCGGUGAUGACAUUGACGACAUGGAGGAUAUAGAGGAGCAGAGAGAGGUUACACCAAAGAAGAAGAGCUUUAGCAGGUUUUUUAGAAGUGGCAUCAAACAUAUUCUUGGGAAGUCCAGUUCUUCAAAGAUCAAGCCGCCUUCGAGCAGUGAGAUUAGACGUUCGAAUCGCCAAAGCUUUCUUAGCUCUGGUGAUACAUUUGGCCUUAGUCUCAAAGCUUCAUGCACUUGGGUGUCUUUUUACGAAGGGUGGCCAAUCAUGUGCGCAAACAGCUUUUCCCUUUAUAAACUACCAAUGAAGAAUCCCAUCGAUAAUCAAGAGUAUGCCGGUUUGUGGGGAGGAACGUUUGGCUGGCCACCUGGGAAAUAUAUUGAAGGUAAGGCUCUUUUCUUACUAAUGCUCACUUAUGGAGAAUCUGAAGUGGGUAGUGAGAGAGUUCUUUUCGGGACGAAAAUACUCGAAGGCUAUAACUCUGCGGGGCGUCCCAAUGGAUCCUCAAUGUUUGUUGUAAAUAUUGACACACCUUCCCUUGAGCCCUUUCCAUUUGAUACCGAUGGAAGAUAUUUCGAGCAAUCUUACAUGGGAGAGGGUAUCGCAGACGGUUAUGGAUUCCGCUAUCCCGGUUCAAAACCUGGUUCCCUUUUUGUAAUCUCUAAUGGUCUUCUUGCAUGUUGGCAAGAGACCAAAGAUGUGAUUACAUUGCAAAGAGUAAACCUUGCAGAGAUCUUGAAGAAGGGUUUAGGUUCUUGCGUUCCUCCUUUGCGUCCAACUAAAAAUUUUACAUAUACUGAAAGGUCUUACACAAACGUGUUUACCAAGUCAUCGACCUAUUCGUCUUCCUCCGAGUAAAGAAUAUCGUAGGAGGAAACACAUCAAUGUUGGAAAUGGAACACUGCAACAGAUUUAAAGCUCUCCCAUAUCUAGUUCUUGAGAUAAUAAUUGACCGUUGUGUUGUGACAUCAUUUACUUCUUACUCUUACACUCACUAUGCUUGUAAUGUGUGUUUUUACCAAACAAUGCGUGUAAUUCAUUUAUCCUUGUAUGGUUUAUUUUACUUUGCAAUACAUUUACACUUGAUCAAUAUUUUGAGUUUGUGUAA